AUGGCCGAUUCAACUUUUGACCCCUCUGCCUCUCGGCUCUCCUUCGAGUCGACCGAGACCCUCAUCGAUGCCUCGCCUCUCAUCCUAAAAUUCAAUAGGCGGAGUGUCACGAAUGCCACCAUCUAUUCUCACACCUUCCCCGUCUACCGCAUUUCCACCAACAAGGACGGGACCAAGACCGAUGUCUACGAUACGCUGGGCAAUGAGACGAGGAUAGCCACGAUCAAGAGGAGGGAGUUCUUGCCCGACGUGAUCAAGUAUCGCAAUCGGGGCAACGGGACCGCCGCGAACGACGUUGUGAAGAUUAAUAAUUGGUUGAAGUAUGAGAAAUUGGAAGGCGGACUGACUGGCGUGUCGUUCGAUUCUACAUGCGGACAGCUAACAUGGAGAUAUGGUCAGCUAGAGCGAUAUCGAUUAGCACUUUACAAGAGCAAAGACUUCUCCAAUCCCAUUGCAUAUCUCGACCUCUCCGAGCCUGGGAUCCCUAUCCUCUUGAGGAUAUCACCCGGGUACCAGUACCUCGUCGAAGACAUCCUCAUGUCCGCGCUGAUACUGGAGUACAAGCUCAAGAUGUUCGAGCGACUAAAAAAGCACGACUUGCUGUAUGGUCCCAUUCUCGGGUCUUUGGUUUCGUUUAGGUAG